AGCCUUCUAAAAAAUCAUCCAUUAUUCUUCUUCUUCUUCUUUUUCUUUUUCUUCUUCACUUUUUUCCCAUCUAUAAAUAUAUAAAUCCCUCCGUUUAAAACAGACCGAGACCGUUAUCUCUUAUUUUCUUUCCUUAAAUUCUCAUUAAAUUUAAAACCAAAAAAAAACAAAAAAAUAAAAAUGGCAUACACUACUAAAUGCUGUUCUUCCCUAGGUUGCUGGGAUCUUCAUAACAACCUUGGAUUUCUCAACGCAGACAUACUAUCAUCUUCUUAUGAUGAUAUGGAGAACAACAACAACAACAACAACAACAACAACAACAAUGCAGCAUCAUCAUUGAUGUUACAAGCUUCAGAUUAUGAUAAUUACUCCUCAUCAUUCUCUAAUGAUCUCCUAUCCACGGGCUACCUUGAAGAUGCUUUGUUCGAGUUUAGUGUUCGCUUUAAACGAAGGCGGGUUAUGGUUUCUAAUUCUAAUUCUAAUUCUAAUUCUAAUAAUAAUACUAAUGAUUUUGGUGUUAAUAAUUAUGAUAAUGAUCACCAGUUUGCAACUCAUCAUCACUUUGAUGAUCUUAGUUGUUGGAGUAACUUGUUUGCUAACUACGACAUGCAAUCAGAAGAUCAAGAAUUAAGCCAUGCAACUUUGCUUAAUCAUCAUGGUCACAUGCAUUGCUCUUUAGGGGAAAUAACGGAGAAACCAAUAAUGAAGGAAAUGUACUCGGAAGUAGUUAAAAUUGAAGAAACAAACACAUUACUACUAGAGGAAGCAAUUGCAAGACGAACCCCAAAGCUUAUGGACUCGUCUUCUUACUCCAAACACAACAAUUCUUUCAACUCAAAGUCUACAAGCUUUGCUUACAACAGUGACACCAAUUCCACAGAUUCCUCUUCUAUUUCUGUUGUUACAACAGAUGAGGAAGAAAAGAGGAAAAACAACAACAACAACAACAACAACAACAAUAAAACAACAACAACAACAACAACAACAAGAAAGAUGGUAUACCCAUUUGGGCUAGUGAAGCCAGGGGGAAAAGAAGGGGAUAUAACACUGAAAGACAUAAACAGAAGGAUAUUAAUGCCUCCAACUAGACCCCUUAAACAUCCGGUGGGGGACUUUGCUUGCCGCCCUGCCGUGUCGCCUAACGGUCCCGGCUUAUCCGGUAAGGCUGUGGUUGCCUUAACAAAAAUUCAAACCCAAGGUAGAGGCACCAUCACCAUUAUUAGAACCAAAGGUUGACAAGCCUAAUAUAUGAGUCCGCCCGUCACAAAAAAAAAAUUGUGGAUAUAUGUAUCAUAUAUUAAAUUAUAGUUUAUUCCGACCCAUUUGUUUCACUUAAA